AUGAAGUUCUUAGUUAUCACUCUUCUUGCUUGUACAGCUAUUAUACAAUCUGCUGUUUUUUCAGAAGCAGUUAUAACUUCAGCUGAUAUUUCAAUUUCCAUUGCUUUCAAUAGUAUUGUUCCUGAUUCUAGCGAAUUUCAUUUUAGUAGAAAAUUUGAUGUCUUCGGAAUAUUAAAAUAUAUUGAAGCACUAAUAAAAGUGAUUGGAAUAAUUACUAUAAAGGAUAUUCAGCUUUUGAUUGAGAUGGUUAUUGAGUAUAGUAGUGAUAUUAUUAAAAACCUUAAAGAAUUCGUAAGGAAUUUUCUUAAGCAACUAUUUACUAGAAACCCAGAUUACAAAAAAUACCCCGCUGCUAUCUACUACAACAAGGGAUAUAGUAUUAAGAAUCCUACUGGAAUCGUCGGAAAAGUCAACGCUAAACUUUCUCUUGGUUUUCUCCAUACUGAUUAUGACUAUAUAUAUAUAACUGGAAAUAAUCAAUUCUAUACUCAUGCUGAGAAUGGAUUUAUCAAUCUUUCCUAUACAUAUAACAAACGCUGUAAUCAUGACAGAAAUACUAGUGAUUUGACCUGCAACUAG